AUGUACCACAACCCGAACUCGGCCACGAAAGAGCGCUCCUCCAACGAUGGCUACUACUCUUCCUCCGAUGGCGAUUCGGAGGCAUCCUUCUCAGCUCCAUCCUCUGAAGGCUCAAGAAACGUCUCCGAGUCGUAUCCCGCGCGGCCCUUGCUUGUCCCCAAGAGGAAUCAGAGACCGACUCCUCAGCGAUCGGCCAGUUUCUAUCCAUACAGAUUACCGCCAAGAAUCAUUCGCUACGUCGUCUUUGUGGUGGUUGGGCUGAUUAUUCUUAUGAUUAUCAGUCUGGUACGGGCAAGUCAAGUGGAAAACUGGAAGGUCGCCAAUGGCCAGGUGAACAGUCGACCGGCGCCUCCUCCGCUGUGGGAGAAGUUCCCUUUCCUCGAGAGAUACUAUGGCGGCAUACGCACCUUGGUUCCCCUGGAGGAGAACAAGCCCGAGUAUCCCAAGUCCGGCGAGUCCACACCAUCAAGCCCUGCAUCACCUGCUCACGGUGCUUCGGAAAGCAAGGUUGAGGAUCGCGAAAAGGCUUUUCCUGUCAGCCACUCUUGGGACGACUACCAUGGGCGGACCAAUGACUCUGGCAUCAAAGAGUGCUUCCUUGAUGCUGCAGGCAAGAUCCGUCCACCUCCCCUUCGAUACUACAAUGGCCGACCAAGCGGAUUCCCGCUCCACGUCACCGGCUCUUAUGAAGUCCUCAGUCUGCCCGAAGACGUCUGCUUUGAGAGAUACGGCAAGUUUGGCCCAUAUGGGUUUGGGUAUUCCAUCCGCACUGGUGGCCUGGGCACGGGUGAAAACGGCGAGAAAGAAGGCGCAGAAUCUGUUUGGGGCUCUGGCUCUCGAGUGGAUUAUCGCGAGAUUGACUGGGCGGAUGUUCAGCGACGCUGCUUCCAGGCCAACGUUGGUCGAUACAAGGAGUUGCCGGCGAAAACGCCAUCUCCCCAGGGCUUCUACGUCGGGAGCUUGAAGGCGGCAAAAGUCCAAUCGCGAGACUCUCAAUCGAAAGACAACGACAAGACAGCGGCUGCGGCUGAUUCCGCGUCGGGUAAAGAGAUGGCCAAGCAAUCACGAACCGCCGUUGUGAUCAGAUGCUGGGAUGAGUAUGUGUUCCGCGAAGAUGAUUUUGCAAACCUUCGAUCGAUGAUCUCUGAGCUUUCGCUGGCUUCCGGGGGCCGAUACGACGUUCACCUGCUGGUGCAAGUAAAGAAUGAUGCAAAGCAUCCUGUCUGGGCCGACCAUGACAUUUACGAGCAGCGGAUUCGAGACGCGAUUCCGAAAGAGUUCCAGGGGCUGGUCACCCUUUGGACCGAAACGCAAAUGCUCUCGCUGUACCAAGGCAUAUACGACUUGUUCAGCCGUGGCCCAGAGCUCCCGGUGCAUGGAGUUUACCGUGGACUCACCAUGGCCAUGCAGCACUUUGCAUACCUGCACCCCGAAUACGACUACUUUUGGCAGUGGGAAAUGGACAUUCGCUACACCGGACACUACUACGACCUGCUCUCCAAGCUCGAGAACUGGUCCAGGGCUCAGCCGCGAAAGGGGCUGUGGGAACGGAACGCACGAUACUACUUUCCCCAUGUUCACGGCACGUGGGAAGACUUUUCGCAGAUGGCACGAGUGCAGAGCGAAAUGGGUACUCCUGGGGCUGACAAUGUAUGGAAGAACGUGCCCGGCCUCGACGGCCAACCUCCGGAGGCGGCCGCCAAGAAGAAGAUCAAGACCGUCUGGGGUCCUAUCCGCCCUGCCGAUAAUAACGACUGGUUCGAGGCCGAAAAGGACCCCAGACCGCCAUCUUCGUACGAUUCUGACCACUACCAAUGGGGCGUUGGCGAGGAGGCGGACUUGAUCACUCUGAACCCCAUCUUCGACCCUGAGGGCACCACAUGGGGCCUGAAGGACGACAUUACAGGCUACAACCGCUCUCUCCCCUAUCCUCCUCGGCGAGCCAGCAUCAUCACCACGUCUCGGAUGUCAAGGCGCCUUCUCAUGACCAUGCACAGGAUGACGGCGCACAAGAAGCAGUUUGCCUUUCCCGAGAUGUGGCCCGCCACAGUUGCUCUUCAGCACGGAUACAAGGCCGUCUACGCGCCACAUCCGGUAUACGUGGACCGCAGCUGGCCGGUUGACUACAUGGCUCAGACGUUCAAUGGCGGCCGCGACGGGACGACUGGCGGAGCGAGGACGAGUCUCUACGGCGAGCGGGAACACAACCUCAAGGGCCUGACAUGGUUCUACAAUUCCGGGUUCGGUCCCAACCUGUACAGACGCUGGCUGGGUCUGAAGGUGAACAAUGACGGCGGAGAGGAGUUCGAGAAGACGCAGGACAAGAGCCGAGCUGGCUCUGGAGUAUCAGCCAUGGCUGGGGGCGAGGGCCGCAUGUGCCUUCCCCCCAUGCUCCUCCAUCCUGUCAAGGAGGUGGACGUUCCCGUCGAGGUUCCUCCUCCGGAGGAGGAAGAAUUGACAGUUCCCGAAUCGGAUCCUGAUGCAUGA